AGAAAUUUCCACGAGUGAAGUUGGAACAAGGACUACCACAAAAGGUAGAUGACUUGGACAAGAAAAUCCCCAUAUGUGUGGAGAAUGUUAUUUGUUAUGAGGAUAUACAAGAUUUAUAUGAUCAAUUAUAUGUGCAAUUCCUCAAGCAACAAGAGAAGGUGCUCUCCUUGAUUGGUCAGUUUAACUCAGGUAAAGAAGAGACAAGAGCACUUCAAGUGGACUUGGUGAAGUCCAAGGCCCAAAUAUGUGGCCUAGAGGAUGAGAAGAAGUCUAUCCUUGAUCGA